GCCAAGAGGACCCUGUCGUCCAGCACGCAGGCCAGCCUGGAGAUCGACUCCCUGUUCGAGGGCAUCGACUUCUACACGUCCAUCACCAGGGCGCGGUUCGAGGAGCUGUGCUCAGACCUGUUCCGGGGCACGCUGGAGCCCGUGGAGAAGGCCCUGCGUGACGCCAAGCUGGACAAGGCCCAGAUCCACGACCUGGUGCUGGUGGGGGGCUCCACCCGCAUCCCCAAGGUGCAGAAGCUGCUGCAGGACUUCUUCAACGGGCGCGACCUCAACAAGAGCAUCAACCCGGACGAGGCG